AUCCAGCUCCCAAUGUCCUGUCACUGAAUACAGAGCAGGGGAGAGGUGGGCACUCUUGGCCACUGCGUGCCCGCCUGAGCUGGCGGCACUGCUGGAGACGCUCCCCCAGACGCACGCGCACGCGCACUCAGCAGCUUUCAGAGUCUCCGCCACAUUCUGCUCACGUCCCCUCACCACAGCAGUGCUGUUAGCGGGGCCCUGGGGGAAGGACCCAGACAUUCUGGGUGUCCCUGAGCUUUGGGGCUUUGAGUCCCAAUGGGAUCUUCCCCUGGAGGGCACUUGGUGUCUUAUCACAGUCAGCUCCGAUAAUUAGCCCUGUGAGGGUCCCCAACAGUCACGGAGACCCUCCGUUAGACCUGAGUCCCUGCAGGAGGCCGGGGAGCAGGGUGAGACAAAGGGAGUGCAGGUGUCACGCUGGGGGGCGUUCAGGGCUGCAGACCUGGCCUCGCUGGGCAGGUACCCCAAUUCCAUUUGGUGGCCAGCCUUCGAGAUUACUUGCCCAAAACCCAUCUUGGCAGCUCACACCUUCUUUCCUUCCUUCCACUCCUCCUGAAGGAGACACUACGUGACUGGAGGUUUUUCAUCAUCAAGGAGAGCUUUCUGCUUUACUACUCUGAGAGCGAAAGAAAGAGCUUCGAAACCAAUAAAUACUUCAAUAUACAUCCUAAGGGCGUCAUCCCUCUGGGGGGCUGCCUGGUGGAGGCCAAGGAAGAGCCCAGCAUGCCCUAUGCCAUGAAGAUCUCCCACCAGGACUUCCACGGGAACGUCUUGCUGGCUGCCGAGUCUGAGUUCGAGCAGACGCAGUGGCUGGAGAUGCUGCAGGAGUCCGGGAAGGUGACCUGGAAGAAUGCCCAGCUGGGAGAAGCCAUGAUCAAAAGCCUGGAGGCCCAGGGGCUGCAGUUGGCUAAGGAAAAGCAGGAGUAUUUAGACAAGCUGAUGGAGGAGACGGAAGAGCUGUGCCUUCAGCGGGAGCAGAGAGAGGAGCUUGAGCGCCUUAACCAGGUUCUGGAGGCUGAGAAGCAGCAAUUUGAGGAGGUGGUGCAGGAGCUGAAAAUGGAGCAGGAGCAGAUCAAGAGGGAGCUGGAACUGACUGCAAGAUGCCUCAAGGGUGUGGAACAAGAGAAAAAGGAACUGAGGCACCUCACGGAGUCCUUGCAGCAGACGCUGGAGGAACUCUCCAUAGAGAAGAAGAAGACCCUGGAGAUGCUGGAAGAGAAUGAGAACCAGUUGCAGACACUGGCCAGUCAGAGUGAGCAGCCCCCUCCCAGCGGGGGUCUCCAUAGCAACCUCAGGCAGAUCGAGGAGAAGAUGCAGCAGCUCUUAGAGGAGAAGCUCCUGGCCGAGAAGCGGAUGAAGGAGAAUGAGGAGCGCUCCCGGGCCCUGGAGGAGGAGCGCGAGUUCUACUCGAGCCAGUCCCAGGUGCUGCAGAACUCGCUGCAGGAGCUGACCGCAGAGAAGCAGCAGGCCGAGCGGGAUCUCAAGGCCGAGGUCAAGAUCCGCAUGGACCUGGAGAGGCGCCUGCGCGAGGCAGAGGGGGCCUUGCGGAGCCUGGAGCAAGGGCUCAACUCCAAGGUGCGGAAUAAGGAGAAGGAGGAGAGGAUGCGAGCUGAUGUCAGCCAUCUGAAAAGGUUCUUUGAGGAGUGCAUCCGGAACGCCGAGCUGGAGGCCAAGAUGCCGGUCAUCAUGAAGAACUCGGUGUACAUCCACAAGGCGGCCACUCGCCGCAUCAAGAGCUGCCGCUUCCACCGGCGCCGGUCCAGCACCUCCUGGAACGACAUGAAGCCGUCCCAGUCCUUCAUGACCUCCCAGCUGGAAGCCAACAACAUGGAGGAGCUGAAAGAGGUGGCCAAACGGCUCAGCAGGGACCAGCGCUUCCGGGAAUCUGUCUACCACUUCAUGGCCGCCCAGCCCGGAGCCCCCUCAGCGCUUUCCCGGGGUGCAAAGUGAUGGGUGCUCUUCCCCUGCCUCCUGAGCUUUCCUCUGGGCCCCAGGUUGAGAAGGGGCGGCAGAGGGAGGCCCAACUCUACCUGGCUCCUUUCCAAUGAGGGGCCCCUGGGGACCAGCCUCACCCGUAAAGGACAGGGACACACCCUCACUCACCCCCACCCCAACCCUACCCUUGGGUCUAUGCCCAGUCCCUGCAGGCCCAAGCUGGGUACUGCCUGGUUGUCGUGGCGAGGUGAAGACCAGGCCUGGCUGGUCCUGGAGGUGUUGUUGGUUGGGGGGUGGGCAGGGCAGGAGCUGUCUGUCUACCCUGUGUAGACAGGUAGGGGCUGCCCUGCUGGGCGGAGACUGCAGCCCUCUCUGGUGCCCACCACACUUCUCUGUCACUCUGCCACCCAGCCCCUGAUCCUCAUGCCACCCUGCCCCUGGUAAGGCCCUCCAGGUGGGCCUUACCGCCCCACCUUGACACUCCCUUUCCCCCGGCUUCCCAGGCCCUGUCUGCUUUUGACACACAGUGAGGCCCCUCACUCAUACCACAUGGGGGGUAGGGAAGAAAGGGACAUAGGACAGCAGCCUCUGGGCUUAUGGCACACAUACUGUUAUUCCUAAGGCUGGGCCCUGGCUUUGGGGCCUCCUGCUACUGUCCCUCCCCCUCAGGUAGGCUCACCCACAUGCGGCCUCAGCAUCCUAUGAGGGUGAUGUGAUCCUACCCAUGGCCCUCCUGCAUACACACCUAGGCCCUGGGCCCUGGCUGGGAGCUGGGGCCUGCGAGGUCAGGAGUGAAAGAAAGUGGCUCUGGCUCCUGCAUCACCUACUCCUGGGGGGUCAGGGAUUCAGCAUCCCUGCAGCUGAGAGAUCACAGAUGUCUCCCUCCCAGCUUCAGUGGCCUUGCUGCCUCCUUUCCCUAAGAGGCUUCGCCCAGUGAGGCAAUGUGAUCAUGCACCCUGCAGAUGGGGGCCCGGGCUGUGAUGAGGCCAGAAGCCAGUGGUCAGCUCAGGUUAUUAGAGACAAAGCUGAAACACCAAUCUGCAGCUUUCGUGGAAGACCACCCUCACGGGAGUGGAGGGCUGCAGUGUGUGUCCCUCCCCAUAGUCUGCCCUGCCCUUCUCCUUGCAGGCCCACCCUCCAAAGCUGCCUGAGUCGGUUGGCCUUUUCAAAAAUGAGCUCUACCUGGGAUCAGGGUGCCCUAGGACACUGGUGUUAUUAAAGGUGCUGAUUCUCUACUGCUUGGAAAACCAAGAUGUUCUGAGAGAUGGACAGAUGGCUGCAGGGCAAAUCCCAGCCUGUUCUGUGGGAAGAGGAACACUGCUGCCUCGGAGAACACGUGUACGUCUGCUGCUAGGCUAGCCAAGUUCAGGCUGGCUGACCUGCUUAGGGCUGCCUGGUGAAACUUACCUCCAUGGUCCCCUCCAGGGGCAGGUGGACUUUGAUGGCUUCAUCCAGCCUUUGCAGAAUCUAGCUGGAGUCAGGGGUGAGGCACUUCAGAAUCAAUGCAUUUGAAAGGGCUUAGUCUAAAUGUAAAAGCUUUAAACAUAUAUAAACCUGCAUAAACCUGGUACUUGUUUAUCUAAUAUGUAUGACGGAUGAACUUUGAAAUGAGGGGGAAGAUUUAUAAAAACCAAGAUUCUUGCUUUUGUUUUUAAAGAAUUAAAUUAAUAAUGGAUUGCUCUUGGAGAAAGAUCUUUUGGAGCUUUUCAAAAGCAUUUGUUUUUCCUGGGCAAGCCAUUAAUCAGAAAGAAAAGUACUAGUCUUAGUCCAUUUUGUGCUGCUAUAACAAAAUACCUGAGACUGGGUAAUUUAUAAAGAACAGAAGCUUACUAGUUCACGGUUUUGGAGGCUGAGAAGUCCAAUGUCAAGGUGCUGCCAUCUUGCAAGGGCCUUCCUGCUGCUCUUGCUGCAUCAUCCGAGGGCUGAAGGGCAAAGAGAGGGCAAGAGAGAGGAGCCAAACUCAUCCUUUUGUAACUAACCCACUCCCUCAAUAAUUAGCCUGCUCAGAACCCUGAUGGUCCAAUUACCUCUUAAAUGUCCCACCUCUUAAUACUGGUACAAUGCCCAUUAAAUUUCCACAUGAGCUUGGCAGGGGACAGACAUUCACACCGCAGCUUUGCUUUUCCAUGCACAUUCACCAAUCCCAAAUUCCUUUCCUUCAGAUAUCACCUUGUCCUUUCCAUGCCUCAGGCAAGCCUGGGUUAUUGUCAGCCAAUGGAACAAUCCCUAACUGUUUAUUUGUUAAAAGCUUCCUAUCCCUAGCACUGUAAAUAGGAAAAGGGCAACACCUCUGUAUGAAAGUAUGUAGGGGUGGACAUUGCUUAGUGGCAAUAUAUUGGUCUGAUUUAUUUAUUUAUUUUUUAAAAACAAACCUCUUAUUCCUUAGCCAAUUAAAUGCAUUUCCUGCAGUACCUCCUAA